CGGCCCAACAUGUCCCGGCCGCCGCAGCGGCUGCAGCACCGCGGGACCCGCCGCGCGGAUUCUGGAACCUGGGAAAUGUUAUUGCAGUUUAAUUAACUUCAGAAAGUGUAUUCUGGACUGAGUUGACCAGACCUCCUAUUCUAUGCAAGCAUCUCCUGCUGGUGACCAGGUUUCUUAGUAAGAGCAGACAGAACUCAGCCUUCCACCAUGCCUGUGCCUCCCCCUCCAGCUCCCCCUCCACCCCCAACACUGGCCUUGGCAAAUACUGAAAAGCCAUCCCUAAGCAAGUCAGAACAAGCAGGGCGAAAUGCUCUAUUAUCUGAUAUUACCAAAGGAAAAAAGCUUAAGAAGACUGUUACUAAUGACAGAAGUGCUCCAAUUCUGGACGUGCCCAGCACGCCCCGGCCCAUCGCCUCCAGCCUGCACAACCGGGGGUCGCCGCCGGUGCCGGGGCUGAGCCGGCAGCCCAGCCUGGGGCCCUCGCCCCCGCCCUUCCCGGGCAGCCGGGGAGCGGGGUCGGUCGCUCCCCUCCGGCAGCCGGGCCCCGGCCCCGCGCCCCCCUUCUCGGGCCGGCCGCCGCUGCCGCCCACCCCGGGCCGGCCGGCGGAGGACAAGCCGCCGCCCCCGCCGCCUCCCCCCGCCGGGCACCGGCCGCCCGCCGCCCGGGAGCCGUCUCUGCCGCCCCCGCCGCCUCAGAACAGCAAACCGCCCGUGCCCGCCGCCCCCCGGCCCGCCCUCGGCGCCCCGGCGCCCCCGCUGCCCCCCGGCAGGCCGGGGCCGCCCCCGGUCCCGCCCGCCCCCGCCGGCGGCGACGAGAUGCCGCGGCUGCCGCAGAGGAACGUCUCGCUGGGGUCGUGCCCGACGCCCGGCGGGGGCCGCUCCGGACCGCUGCCCCCGCCGCCCGGAGAGAGGCCGCCGCCGCCCGUCAGAGACCCGCCCGGCCGCUCAGGCCCGCUCCCUCCGCCUCCUCCCAUAAGCAGGAAUGGAAGCACUUCCAGGGCUUUGCCCACUACUCCUCAGCUGCCUUCCCGGGCAGGGCUGGACAGCCAGAGAGGUGGAGCACGACCUCCGCUUCCCCCCGACCGGCCGGGCUCGGCAGCGCCGCCGCCACCGCCACCUCCAGCAGCUGUCAGAAACGGCUUCCAGGACCCAGGGGACGAUGAAUGGGAAAGCAGAUUUUCUUUUCAUCCAAUAUCUGAUUUGCCACCUCCAGAGCCAUAUGUACCCAUGAACAGAAGUUAUCCCAGUAAACUAGCAAGAAAUGACAGUAGAGGUGGGUCUGUCCGAAAAGAAAGAGGUGCCCCCCCGCUCCCACCUAUACCAAGGUGAAAUGGGUCCUGGCCCAUCUUUGGGUGGCAUCUGUUCUCAAGUCUCCCUCGAGUCAGCUCUCCUGUCCACAUGACUGGAAAGUUGUCUGUCUUGAUUGAUUUCCACUUUUGGCUUGUCAGCUGGAACAAACUUCAAUCUCUGUUACAGAAGUAAUAGAUGUGGCUUAUGGACUAUAGUUGCUCAAAGCUAUGAAUUUUAUUCGCUUAAACUGCAGGCAUUUUGUGGACCCUACAGAACAUACAUGCACGAUGCUUACUGUGUCCAACCCCGUCCCCUGGAGAGCUCCGUGGGAGAUCUGGCUUUGAAUCUGAUAGAGCUUGAACAAAGCUGUUUCAUUCACUUUGGGUGCAGUAGUUGCAUUAUUUUAAUGAUAAAGUAUUUGAUGUUUAAAAAAACAGUUGCUGGGUAAGAAGUGUAGCCAAGAGUCCCCUGGAUCCUUCUUUGCAUGCCUAAUUCAGCCUAUCUGCUUCUACAAGCCACAGACCUACUACACGGUGACAAAGAGUUCAUCUUUAACUUUUUCACUUCAACCUAGUCAAGCAAAUUUUAAACAAUGCGCAGCACAUCCUGCCUCAAGGAUGGAGUGUCUCUGGCCUUGUUUUUAUCUGCAGAGAAUCUUCCAGAGAAAAACACGAGUGAAGAAUUCAUCAGCAUAAAAAUAUAUCUAUUUUUUUAACCCUCUUUCCUAUAUUUUUUUAAUAGUGUUAUGUGUUCCGUGACCUAUUUCUCGCCAACUCUUAUGUGGACCAACCCACAUCAUGUCAUCCAACCCACAUCAUGUCAUCCGUGCCCUGGAUUACUGUAAUGCCCUCUCCCUGAUACUGCAUGUGAAGAGUCCUCAGAAAGUAGUCUGAGUGCCAACACAUCAAUUAUUGUAGUUGUAGGCUCCUCCUGUAAAGCAUCACUAAUGCCAGUACUCCACAGACUGCUUUCCAGUUGUUUCUUUGGUACAACUAAAUGAUGGGGUUUGACUUAAAAAGCUUCUUGGCACUUAGGUCACAAGUCUCAGAGAGCUCAUGUUUGACUUCCAUUAUGGUAGAGCGGCCAAGAUCAAAAAUGUUCCUCAGUGAAAGCCUUUUGAUGUUGUGAGGGGGGUCCAGGGGUUGUACAUUCAAG